UUCGCGCUUUCCAGAGCCAAGAUGUCUCAGACACUCAAGCUAGCCAGUAGAGCAUCUUUGUUUGCGAGAUGCUUCCCCGACAUCUGGGCAGAAUCUGUCCUCAAGUCCCAGGCGACGGUGGUUAAAACCCACAAGACCCUGGAGGACAUGCCAGGACCCUGCACCCUCAGCUUCAUCGCCGAUCUCUUCUGCAAGAGGGGGCUCUCGAGACUGCAUGAACUCCAGAUGGAAGGCAAAGCCAAGUACGGCCCAGUGUGGAAGGCCAGCUUUGGGCCCAUCCUCACUGUCCAUGUGGCAGAUCCCACCCUGAUAGAGCAGGUGCUAAGGCAGGAAGGCAAGCACCCCAUCCGCUCCGACCUCUCCUCCUGGAAGGACUACCGGGUGUGCCGGGGCCACGCAUACGGGCUGCUGACUGCGGAAGGUGAGGAGUGGCAGCAGAUCCGCAGCAUCCUAGGAAAGCACAUGCUGAAGCCCAAGGAGGUGGAGGCCUACACCGGCACCCUGAAUGACGUGGUGGGAGAUCUGGUCCGCAGAUUGCAGCACCAGCGGAAUUGCCACGAGCGGCAUGUCGUCAAGAAUGUGGCUGACGAAUUCUACAAGUUUGGAUUGGAAGGCAUCUCUUCAGUCCUCUUUGAAUCCCGGAUCGGUUGCCUGGAGCCCAGCGUCCCAAAGGAAACAGAGGCCUUCAUUAGCUCCAUCAACACCAUGUUUGUCAUGACACUGCUCACAAUGGCGAUGCCCAAGGUCUUGCACCAAAUCUUUCCUAAGCCGUGGCAGAAGUUCUGUGAAUCCUGGGACUAUAUGUUUGCAUUUGCCAAAGGACACAUUGACAAGCGGAUGGCCGAGGUUUCUGAAAAAAUCUCCCAGGGAGAAAAGGUGGAAGGAAAAUACCUGACUUACUAUCUGGCGCAGGAGAAACUGUCCAUGAAAUCUAUCUAUGGGAAUGUGACGGAGCUUCUGCUGGCUGGCGUGGACACGAUCUCGAGCACCUUGUCCUGGAGCUUGUACGAGUUGUCCCGGCACCCCCAGGUGCAGGCGGCCCUGUACCAGGAGAUCGCAGAUGUGAUGAAGGGCAGCCUUGUCCCGACAGCGGCCGACGUGGCCCAGAUGCCUCUCCUGAAGGCAGUGGUGAAGGAGGCGCUGAGGCUGUACCCCGUGAUCCCUGGCAAUGCACGCGUCAUCUCGGACAGGGACAUCCACGUGGGAGACUACCUCAUCCCCAGAAAGACUCUGAUCACCCUCUGCCAUUACGCUACCUCACGCGACGAGAAGUACUUCUCCAACCCCAAUGCGUUCCAGCCGGAGCGGUGGCUGCGCAAGGAUGCCGCGCAUCACCCCUACGCCUCCAUCCCCUUCGGCUUCGGCAAGCGCAGCUGCAUCGGCAGACGCAUCGCGGAGCUCGAAGUGUACCUGGCGCUGGCCAGGAUCCUGAUGCAUUUUGAAGUGAGACCAGAGCAAGAAGGGCAGAUUGUGAGACCCAUGACACGCACCCUGCUGGUCCCAGAGAGGGAGAUCAACCUGCAGUUCCUGAGCCGAUAAAGAGAGCAAUGCUGAACUGAACCACGCGCAUGGGCUUCUCGUCGAAGCACAGACAGAAUUUAAGACCCAGAGGAGAAAAUGCCUGGCAGCCUGGACUGAAGCAAAGUCUUUGGGAAGGGCUUCCAGGGGCCUGUGAUGUGGGGA